CUUUUACAAUCUGUGUGAGUUUCUGGCAUAAACCCUAAGAUCGAAAUCAGAAUCUCUCUCUCUGAAACUAUGGAUCCGUUAUCGGUGCUGAAGAAUUUCACGACGAGGGGAGACCUGGAUAAAAUCGAGCGGGUCGGAGCUAAUUACCGAUUCGGGUCGGAGUAUUCGUUCCCGUGCGCGACGGAGACGGCUUACAGGUCGAAAGGUGGAACUCUCUACACUCUGGAGGCGUUAGUUCACUAUGUGAAGAAUCAGCACCUGAAACCCGGAGAGUAUAUGCAAUCCACCGUCAAAAACGCUGUUCCGGCGGUGACUUUACCGGAUCGGAAACCUCUCCUCGAUUACCUCACCGGAAGAGUAGCUUCUUCCGAUUCGAUUGAUUUCCUCUUGCUCCAGCAGCAGAACGCGCAGAGCCAGAAGCAGAACGAAGAGUAUCGGCCCGACCAGGAUAACUCCACGUUUGUUUCCAGAGAAAGCGCGAUCGAUGACAUGGAGGUCGAGGAUUUCGGUAAAUCCGGCGAGGAUGUUGACUACAUUAUGCUGAUUCGAUCCAACGAGAGGCCAUUGAAGAGCCGAGACGCGAUUCUUCAGUGCAAGAACAGGGAUUUCUACAGCGUGUUGGUGAAUUCGACGAAGAGGGAAGAGGAGAGACAGAGGAUUGAGUCUCAUCAGAGGAAAGACGGAUUGGUUGCAAAGAGUAGGUUAAUGGGUGCAGAAGAGAGAGGCAUUGUAGGGUUUAGUGGAGGCGGAGAUGAUUCUGGGUAUGACGCAAACCCUAAAUCUAAGCUUCAUUUUAAGGCAGGGAAGAUUGGAGAAGGCGUGCCGAUAAUUCUUGUGCCGAGUGCGUUUCAAACACUGAUCACUAUAUACAAUGUCAAGGAGUUUUUGGAAGAUGGAGUUUAUAUACCGAAUGAUGUUAAGGCGAAGCAGAUGAAAGGGCUAAAGCCAGAUUGUAUUACGGUUCAGAAGAAGUUUAGUAGAGACAGAGAGAGAGUUGUGACUGCUUAUGAAGUUAGGGACAAGCCAUCUGCUUUGAAGCCUGAUGAUUGGGACCGUGUUGUUGCGGUUUUUGUAUUGGGGAAGGAUUGGCAGUUCAAGGAUUGGCCUUUCAAGGACCAUGUUGAGAUAUUCAAUAAGAUCAUUGGGUUCUUUUUGCGGUUUGAAGAUGAUAGUAUUGAAUCAGCCAAGACGGUGAAGCAGUGGAAUGUAAAGAUCAUCUCGAUUAGUAAGAACAAGCGGCAUCAAGACCGGGCUGCUGCAUUAGAAGUCUGGGAAAAACUGGAGGAGUUUGUGCGAUCUCGGUCACAUUCUUAGUAUCUAAUAGUUGUAGAAAAUUAUUUUAUGUAUCAACUUUCCUUCUUUUUAUGAUAACCUUUAUACUUUCUGUAACAUUAGCAAGAUAACAUAGUGAACUUGGUUGUUGUGCAAUAUGGUUGUUUUCCUUUUUAAUAAGAAGUUAUAAAUUGUUCA